UCGUGGGUAAAAGGUAAAUAUAGGAAACAAAAUGGCGCUGCCCACGGAAACCGAUAUGUCACUGGAAUUUUGGAGAAACGGUCCUACACCUGGAGGUUUGUACAACUUUCCCGGUCAAGGAACAUCGACAAAGAUGGGGCCAAUCAAAAAGACUUUGAGUCCAAUGGUAACAGGAACUUCAGUUCUUGGAGUAAAAUUUGAUGGUGGUAUCAUCCUGGCUGCUGAUAUGCUUGGUUCGUACGGAUCUUUGGCAAGGUUCAUGCACUGUCCUAGACUGAUGAAAGUUAAUGACAGCACAGUGAUGGGGGCUGGUGGGGAUUAUGCAGAUUUCCAAUAUAUUAAAUCUGUGAUAGAACAGAGAGUAAUUGAUGAGGAGUGUAUGAAUGACGGAUUCCAGUACACUCCCAAAUCUCUGUUCUCCUGGUUGACAAGAAUAAUGUACAACAGAAGAUCUCGUUUUAACCCAUUGUGGAACACUAUAGUUGUUGGUGGGCUACAGGAUGGAGAACCGUUUCUUGGUUACGUAGACAAGAUAGGAACAGCUUUCAAAGCUCCAAGUGUAUGUUCUGGUUAUGGAGCCUACAUUGCUCAGCCAAUUCUUAGGAAUGCAUUAGAGAAACAACCAAAUCUCACAGAGCAGCAAGCAAAAGAACUUAUAGAUCAGUGUCUCACAGUUCUUCACUACAGGGAUGCCAGGUCACUAAAUAAGUACCAAAUAGCUAUUGUGACAAAAGAUGGAGCCAGAAUAGAAGGACCUAUAAGCAGUGCAACAAAUUGGGAUAUAGCAGAAAGGGUUGGAUUUUUCGAUGAGUAAAAUAGAAACAACACAUGCUUCGGGUAUGAGUGAAGAUGAACUGGAAAAAAAACUUAAUUGUACAGACAUUUAAAUGAAUUGAGACUGGAGCCCUGCUAAGUUCUUUGGAGAAAAAGGAGAAAAAACCAUAAAUGACUGCAUAAGAAAGUGACAUCGCCAAAAAUGAAGACUCUGGUGUUGAUAAAUAGUUAAAGGCUUAUGAGUACAAUCUGUGUAUAGUAACAUUGUAAGAUAACUGUGUGAGAAUUAUUAGUCGUCUAGCUGAAGACAAUAUCUAUAUGUAUUACAUCAUUUGAAUUGUUUACUGUACACUCAACGUUUUUGUACUUGGCUCAUCAUUUAUGAAGAUAGAGUCCAGUUAAACAUUCGAGUAAAGCUAUGGAUAUAUAACUGUAAUAUCUACACAAAAAUUAAAAUAAAACAAAACAUUAA